CGGGGCGCAGGGCGGGAGACUAGAACAGAGGCCCCAAGUUCAGUGACAGCACCCCUCCCCCACCUCCCGGACUUCUCUCCCCCCACCCAGUUCCCCGCGAGCCAAUGAGAACGUCUGGAAGAGGCUGCAGGGGCGGCGCUCCGAGGUUUUAGCGCCUGCGCGCGGGGCACCGUGUCCUUUUGGUCCGAGCUGUAGCAAGGGUCUGUUCAUACAGCAAAGCGUUCCCCAGCUUUCAGCCCUCUUUCACCGGCUUUCUGUUUCCAAUUCCACCACCUAUCCCCUCUGUAACGAUGACGGAACAAGCCAUCUCCUUUGCCAAGGACUUUUUGGCCGGUGGCAUCGCCGCUGCUAUUUCCAAGACCGCGGUGGCCCCUAUCGAGAGAGUCAAGCUACUAUUGCAGGUGCAGCAUGCAAGUAAACAAAUUGCUGCAGAUAAGCAGUACAAAGGCAUUAUGGACUGUAUAGUCCGAAUUCCAAAGGAACAAGGGAUGCUUUCCUUCUGGCGGGGUAACUUAGCAAAUGUCAUCAGAUAUUUCCCCACCCAGGCCCUCAACUUCGCCUUUAAGGAUAAGUAUAAGCAGGUGUUCUUGGGAGGAGUGGACAAGCACACACAAUUUUGGAGGUAUUUUGCUGGCAAUCUUGCCUCUGGUGGUGCAGCUGGAGCCACUUCUCUCUGCUUUGUCUACCCAUUGGAUUUUGCGAGAACCCGCUUGGCAGCUGAUGUUGGGAAAUCUGGCACUGAGAGAGAAUUCAAAGGCCUGGGAGACUGCCUUGUGAAAAUCACCAAGUCUGAUGGAAUUCGGGGCUUAUAUCAAGGUUUCAAUGUCUCAGUGCAGGGUAUUAUUAUCUAUAGAGCAGCCUACUUUGGGAUCUAUGAUACAGCAAAAGGUAUGCUUCCAGAUCCUAAGAACACCCAUAUUGUGAUAAGUUGGAUGAUUGCACAAACAGUGACUGCUGUAGCAGGUGUGGUUUCCUAUCCCUUUGAUACAGUAAGGCGGCGAAUGAUGAUGCAGUCUGGGCGCAAAGGAGCUGAUAUCAUGUACACUGGGACAAUUGACUGCUGGAGGAAGAUUGCUAAAGAUGAGGGUGGCAAAGCUUUCUUCAAGGGUGCCUGGUCCAACGUUCUUAGAGGCAUGGGUGGAGCUUUUGUACUUGUCCUGUAUGAUGAAUUGAAGAAAGUAAUCUAAGUACAUCCUACCUAAAAAUGGAAACAGUGAAUAUAGAUCAUGUAGAAUACUUAACCAUACUUAGCAUUUUGGACCAUUGACCUUCAAGAAAUUCCUGUUGUCUUUUUAUCCAGGCCAGAUCAUGUUUGUAGAGAAGCCAGGAAAAGCUCUUAGAAAAAGGGACUCAUUUAUUGUGAUCCAUUAUUCACACAAUGGAACUGAUGAUGAUUCAGUAUAUUGAUUCUAUUGGUUUUGGGGGAAAUAACCGUUACUGUGGGUCCAAGGAGGCAGAUCAACUUAGACCAUCUAGUUUAAUGCUAUUUUGUAGGACCAUAAAUUUGUGUUUAAGUAAUUUAUUUAAAGAAAAAAAAAUCAUGUCUCCCAUUUGUACUUAAGCACUAUAUAUACUAUUUUGCACAGCUGACUAUUUGGCAGUUAUGAUCUGUGUUGGGCAUUCUGCUGUAAAACAAUAAAUACACAGAACACUCUAA